AUGAAUAGGUGCGGACUAUACAGGAAAGAGAAACGACGUUUUAAUCCAAGUGAAUAUCUCAUUAUUCAGAUCGACCUAUCAAUAAUGGCGGAUGUGCAAGAAACAGUUUAUAAUUUGCUGCAAAGGGUGCCAGCUCAACCGACUGGUGAACCGUGCCAUCGACCAAGAUACCGAUCAAAGUUUGCACCGUGUGCUUGGCGAACAAUAUUCGAGGGAAAAUCUCCUCAUCGUACAAGAUCAAAAACGAAAAAAGAUUUUAUUAAAGAAAAUAUAUGUAAAGCUGUUCAAUCGAAACCUAGUUGCCCAAAACGUUAUGUUGUGUCAGACAGAAAAGGCAAUAAAUAUUUGAUCGACGGUAGUGGUCUACAAAAGGAGUUUAUCUGUAAAAAAACGUACGGAGAAGUUCCGUGUUAUAUAACGGCUCGUAAAAAAUGUUUACAUCAAAUGCGAGAACAAUAUCAAAAUGAAAUGCACGAGAGAACGAAUCGUCAUGUCAUGAAAAUUCUACCGAUGGAAGAAAGACAAAGUUUAAUAAAUAAUUUAAAGAACCGUUAUGAAGAAAUAUUUCACGAUUUUCUUCGCUUACCCGUUCAAUUAGAUACAAUGUCAGCGAUAAACAAAAAAGAACGUUUGACAAGAGAAUUGGUCGAAAUCGAACGUGAUAUUGAUUUUCUUGAAAAACAUCAACGAAUUAUUGUUGUUGACAAUUAUGAUGAAUUAGACAACGGACCAUCGAUGAAUUAG